GCUGGCAAAGUUUAUCUCUUUCGGUGGAAUUUGCAAAGAGACUACCUUCGAAAAUGGCGGAGAUAAAGUGCGUCGGAGUAGUGGGUGCUGGUCAGAUGGGUUCAGGAAUCGCGCAGCUCGCCGCCACGAACGGCCUUGACGUUUGGAUCAUGGACGCUGAUCGUGAUGCGCUCUCUCGAGCCACCGCAUCUAUCUCCUCCUCCCUCAAUCGUUUUGUCUCCAAAGGCGUAAUAUCCAAGGAAGUGGGUGAUGAUGCUAUGCGUCGUCUACGUUUAACAUCCAACCUCCAAGAUCUGCGUUCUGCUGAUAUCAUCGUGGAAGCCAUUUUGGAGUCCGAAGACAUUAAGAAGAAACUGUUCAAGGAUUUAGAUGGCAUAGCCAAGAGUUCUGCGAUUCUAGCUUCUAACACAAGUUCCAUCUCCAUUACUCGUCUUGCUUCCGCAACACAAAGACCUAGCCAGGUCAUUGGAAUGCACUUUAUGAACCCUCCUCCAAUAAUGAAACUGGUUGAGAUCAUUCGCGGCGCUGAUACCUCAGAAGAGACCUUUAUUGCUACAAAAGCACUAGCUGAAAGGUUUGGGAAGACAACAGUGUGCUCACAAGACUACGCGGGCUUCAUCGUGAACAGGAUCCUCAUGCCGAUGAUCAAUGAAGCGUUCCACACACUUUACACAGGGGUGGCUACUAAGGAGGACAUUGACAGCGGGAUGAAACACGGCACAAACCAGCCGAUGGGGCCUCUGGAGUUAGCGGAUUUAAUCGGUCUAGACGUGUGCUUGUCGAUAAUGAAAGUGCUGCAUCAGGGACUUGGGGACUCUAAAUACGCUCCCUGUCCUCUUCUUGUACAGUACGUUGAUGCUGGAAGAUUAGGAAGAAAACGAGGAAUGGGAGUUUAUGACUACCGUAAGAAGCCUGUUACUCCAUCUCCUCGGCUAUGAUAAAGCGAAAAAAUCAAAAUCAAUAAUAGAGAAGGAUGAUGAAGAUACAUUUGGCAACAGUAAAUGCUUUGUCGAUUGUGUUUGGUUUCUUUCUUUGUUCCUUGGCCUAUAUGAAGUUAUGGGUCAGCAGCAUAAGCAAACUCCCUCUGUUUGUAAUCUUGAUACUCGAAGUUAGCUUUGACAAUUUAAUAAGUGAUAAACUUUUAUAAAUUG